UCAGCACUUCAUUUCUACAUAUAUAAAACAUGCCCAACAAGACUAAGCUUUCCUAAGCAUGUAACUUGCUAUCAGUGGAACGACAAAUUACAGGGCACGAAUAUGGCAAAACCAGCACUCGGGACACUCACAUAUAAAAACUUUCCUUAAGCUUUUGGCUAUCUAAUGUUAACUUCUUGCAAUAAAUAUAACAUAAUAGCAUUGCUGAAGGUGUUUGCUGGAGGCGAGGAUGGGGCAUGGAUUGCUAUCUCCUACAGUCUACUGUAGAACUUACAACCCAUCUGCCAUUUUAGCCACAUUGAAUGUCUCUAGAAGCUGGGGAAGCCUCAUGCUCCAGAUAAAUCAUCUUGGCCCCAGUGCGGGCAUUGGCAUUAAGUCUAAGCCUGUCCCUAGCUUAGUUUCUAAUAGGAUUGGGAAAUACAGAUUUUUGGGAACACAUAGGAAUAUUGAGACACAAGACAAGAGGAUGACAAGUGUGCCUUUGGCUGGUGGAUUUUUUGGAUUUGGAAAGAAAAAGGCUUCUCAGUUGCCAGAAAUAGUACAGGCAGGUGAUCCUGUGCUGCAUGAACCUACAGGUGAAGUUCUACCGGAAGAGAUUGGCACGGAGAGAAUUCAGAAGAUUAUAGAUGACAUGGUUGCUGUCAUGAGGGCCGCACCUGGUGUUGGGAUUGCUGCCCCACAAAUAGGAGUGCCAUUGCAGAUAAUUGCCCUAGAAGAUACAAAAGAAUAUAUCAGUUAUGCACCAAAGGAGGAAGUUGAAGCUCAACAACGGAAUUCAUUUGACCUUUUGAUAAUAAUAAAUCCGAAGCUCAAACCUAUAGGCAAUAAAACAGCAAACUUCUUUGAAGGAUGUCUCAGUGUUAAUGGAUUUCGGGCACUAGUUGAAAGACAUCUUAAAGUUGAAGUAACAGGUUUAGGGCGUGAUGGACUUCCAAUCAAAGUAAAUGCUAUUGGUUGGCAGGCACGAAUAUUACAGCAUGAAUGUGAUCAUCUUGCUGGCCUUCUCUAUGUUGACAGAAUGAUCCCUAGAACAUUUAGAACUGUGGAAAAUUUGAGGCUACCUCUUGCAACUGGUUGUCCCAAGCCAGGUGUUGGCUGAAUUCACUUGAUUAUGAAUUUCUACAAAAAUAGCAAUUGCAUGUGAGAUUUUUUAAUUUUGAUUGAGCAGCGCGGGGCUAAGUCUUUGUUUGUGGAUUAUAAUAAAUACACCAGCUUUUCAAGAAAUUAAUUCAUUAUAUUUUUUUUGGAAGUUUAUGGAAUAAUAACAAUGCAACCAGGGAAACAAAACAGGGACAUUUUGAGCAAAACUCAGACAAGGGCUAUUUGUAAACAUUGUAAGGAUGGAAACAAUAAGCAGUAUAUAAAUCAAUUUAUUACAAUGCCUGCAAGCAGCGAGGGUCUUUUUUU